GAUCGGUCGAUUAUCGUCCAUUCUAAGUACAGCAACUCUUCCUUCCCUUCUCUCCAGUAAUACACGCUCUGCAACCAUGGUGUCAGCGGUUCUUGGCUUGCUGUUGGGAUGUCUGGCAAUGUCCAGUGCACAAGUGCCAGAAGAAGAUUACGCGGUCCUAUGUCAGGAUAACUACAACGGUGACUGGAAGUACGUGGCCCCUGGCUCGGGAUGCAAGAGGUUCAUCAAUUGUGGUGGCCAGGAUUACCACGGAACGCUCCAGUGCCCCGAGACGACUCUCUUCAAUGAAAACACCCAGGAUUGUGUAUACGCAGCGGAUUCCAACUGUCAGGAACCCUUCAACGAAAACCCAGACUGUGUGACCGGCGUGGAUCCCUACAAUUGCUCAGCUUUCACCUACUGCCAUCUUAACACCCAGUACAACUUCAGCUGCAACCAAGACCUCUACUACUCUCAGAGCAAACUCAUCUGUGUGUACGCUGAAGAUCUGACGGAGGACGACAAAUACCUGUGCGGCUUCUAGACCCCCCGGGGUCAAAGACCCCCAUGAUUCAAUAUAAACAAUGUAUUCUCUGAAUUCCAAAUAAAGCUCAUCAGACAAUAAGUUUGUGUCUAUACUUUCAAA